AUGGCUGGACAAACCCAGAAUCUUCAGAAACGAGCUGUAGUCUCGUCGUUCAUCUUCCAUUUUCCCAACGGCCCGUCGGAAAAGCCACAGGUCGCUCUCUUUAGAAGGAGUGCCAAAGUUAGCACAUACCAACAUCGGAUCGCUCCAAUCUCCGGGUCGAUCAGCCGGACCGAUCCAGACCCUCCCACAGCGGCAUGGCGCGAACUCUCCGAAGAGACGAAACUCACCUCUUCAAACCUCUCCUUGUGGCGAUCAGGGAAGUCAUUCACAUUUUCUGACGAGUCCGUCGGUCGAGAAUGGACGAUUCAUCCAUUCGCUUUUCGUCUUGCGGAGGGAGCUGAGAAAGCCAUACAGACAGACUGGGAGCACGAAGGAUGGAACUGGUACGACCCUACAACGGUGGUCAACAACGCUAGCUCCGGGGAUGAAUACGUCCCACACCUCAGAGAAAGCCUGCGCAGGGUCUGGUUCGAAGGCGAACUGAGUGAUGCGGCCGGGGAGGCCUUCGCCUCCGGGUUGGAGAAGUUGCACAAGGACCACUCGAGCGGGUCGCAUGAGCUGACUACCAUUGCGCUGGAGAUAUUCCGGGACUAUGUCACCCAAACGAAGGACUACAUAUUUGAGGCAAAGUGGUGGGACGAUGCACGGAUGGCUGCGUGGCAUCUUGUCAAGAACGGCCGGGAAAGUAUGGGUGCGGCUACGCUGAAUGCUCUGCUUGCGAUUCUAGAGGAGAUGGAUGAGAUCCGGCGGAUGGAUUCAUAUCCGGAAGACACUUUCGAGCGUAUGAUUACGAUCAUCGACCAUCAUCUUACAGGCCGAAAGGGCCGCGCGGGCUUAGUUAAGGAUACAUUUGCGUCUUAUGUGCGGUCGAAUAUCCUUUCCGAGGGAAGGCAGAGGGAAAAGCUUACUAUCGUCACUCUAUCAGCCAGCUCGACGAUUCGCGAUACCAUGAUAGAAGCCUUUGCUUCGCUGGAUAUCUCGACGCUGGAGCUGCACAUCCUCGAGUCUCGUCCGCUAUUCGAGGGAGUCAACUUUGCGUCGUCUAUACUCUCAAAAUUCCGCGAGCAGUUCAAGGACUUGACGGAUCGACUAGACGUCAGCCUCUUCACGGAUGCCGCCGCCGCCAUCGCCGUAAAGGGCGCUGAUAUUGUUCUCCUCGGUGCAGAUCGGAUCUCUAAAGCAAAAGGUGUCAGCAACAAAACAGGAUCCCUUCCUCUGGUUCUUGCUGCCAAACACGUCACCCCAUCUGCGAAGAUUGUUGUCCUCAGUGAGCUUGAAAAGGUGAAUGGGGAGAGUGGUAUCAUAGACGACGAGAAGCAUGAAGACAAUGAUCCGAGGGAGGUCCUUCGGACAUGGAAGGCUGAUGGGGUCAAGGAUGUCGGGCGCGUUGAGGCUGCUUUGAGCUCUGGUCAGGAAUCAGGCUCUACGGUGACAGUGAGGAAUGUUUACUUCGAGUGGAUACCUCUCUCUUUUAUAGACGCUUUUGUCAGCGGCGAAGGUGUCCUUAGCGAUACAUGGAUCCAUGAAAAGGCAAAUCAGCAGGAUGAGCUUGCACGAUGGUACUUUGAUAGCAUACCUGUUCGGUAUUAG